AUGCCUGAUCACCCCAUCAGCCUGUCAAGCCUCGAUGUCAAGGUCCCCGGCGUCGAGGACGCCGCCCAGAUAGAAUCUAUCUCGGUCCUGCAGGACUAUGAUGUCGAGGAAGAAAUCAAUGUCCGCAAGAAGACCGACUAUGUCCUGCUCCCGGUCCUCUGCCUUAUGCUCAACGUCGCAUACUUGGACCGAACGAACAUUGGCAACGCCAGAAUCCAAGGAAUGGAAAAAGACCUCAACAUGAAGGGAACUGACUACAACAUCGCGCUGUUCAUGUUUUUCAUCCCUUAUCUGCUCCUGGACGUGCCCGCCAACAUCCUCAUGAGAAGGUUUCGGCCCUCGAGGUAUCUCGGCACGUUGAUGUUCUUCUGGGGAAUUGUUACGAUUGGGGAGGGUGUCACUCAGAGCUAUGCCGGACUAGUUGUCUGCCGCGUGAUUCUCGGAGCGCUAGAAGCUGGCUACUUUCCAGGCGCCAUCUACCUUCUCGCAAUGUACUACACCAGAUACGAGCUCCAUGCAAGGAUGAACAUCUAUUACUCUGCAGCUCUGCUUUCUACGGCUUUCGGAGGGUUGCUUGCUUAUGCUAUCGGCCACAUGGAGAAUGUCGGUGGAUACGGAGCGUGGAGAUGGAUCUUCAUUCUUGAAGGUCUUUUGACUGUCAUCGUCGCUAUCUUCUCUUUCUUCGCCCUGCCUGAUUGGCCUGAGCAAGCAAAACAUCUCAACGAGAAAGAAAAGGCAGUCCUUCUGGCAAAGUUGGCAAGAGACACUAAGGACUAUGUUGAAAACAAAUCGACAAUGCAAGUCUUGAAAGAGUGCCUCCUUGAUCCCAAGGUCUACUUCAGUGCAUUCAUGUAUUUCGGUACCGCCGUCACCGGCAGCUCAUCUUCCUACUUUUUGCCCACGAUUCUCAAAGAGCUAGGAUGGACAUCGCUCAAGGCUCAGUACAUGAGUAUCCCCGUCUGGAUGACGGCUUGGGUUGCAUCCGUAAUCGUGGGCUUCGGUUCUGACUGGAUGAACCAUCGCUGGGCCUUUUCAGUUGGGCCGCUUACGGUCGCGGUCAUCGGGUACAUCUUACUGCUUUGCCAGGACCAUAUUUCAGUGGGUGUUAAGUACUUUGCUCUGUUCCUCAUCAUCACUGGGGUCUGGAGUGCCAUCACCCUGUCGCUCACCUGGCUCAACAACAACAUCAUGGGUAAGAGGAGGAGAGGCGUUGCAACGGCGAUUUUGCUUGCCGUGGGCAACUGCGGCAGUAUCUUGGGCAGUAACGUUUACCUUUCGUCAGAAGCGCCAAAGUACCCAACUGGCUACGCCGUCUCUCUGAGCUCGACGAUCCUUUGUCAGCUCGCUGCAACGGGAUUCCUGAUCUAUGCAUGGUAUGAGAACAAACAGAAGGCUUCUGGAGCACGGGACCACCUAUUGGCUCUUCCCAUGGAGGAACAGGCUGCCUUGGGAGACAAACAUCCUGAGUAUCGCUACACUUAUUGA